GGGUGGCAACACAGCUGCUAGCAUGCUAAACUCCGUUGAGAGUACGCCGCUUGUCCACGCCACUUUACGCGGACAUCACGUGUCACUCAUUUAAACACGAUGACGCGCACAUAGAACAGUUGUUAUGUUUAAAAGCACGCGUGUUGUUCUUAUUAGCUGUAGUUAGCAUGUCAUUCCAAGAGUGGGCUGCAGCCCAGCUCGCAGAGCUGGAACUUCUCGGCAGUAUGUUCCCCACGCGGGACGAACUGGAGGUGCUGGACCAGCUGGCCUUGGCCGAGCUCCGCGACUACGUGGACGGAUCCUCGCCACCUCCUUCCUGCAGAGCACAGUUCGUCAUCAGGCAGAGGCUGCAGGAUGUGGAUUUCCACAUGUCCUGUACUUUCCCGCCACAAUAUCCCUGUGUGAUCCCGGAGAUCACUGUCACGUCUCCUGGACUGGGCCGAGCCCAGCAGACUCGGCUGCAAGCCGGACUGAGGGGGUACCUGACGGAGGUCUGCCUGGGUGAAGUCUGCGUGCUGUCGGCGGCCGACUGGCUGAGAGACAACCUGCAGGCCUUCCUGAGCGAGACGGCCUCGCCGGCGCCUCCCGAUAGCCACGCCAGCCCGCCGCGGGAGGCCUUCAGUCGACUGUGGAUCUACAGCCACCACAUCUACAACAGCACCAAGAGGAAGAACAUCCUGGAGUGGGCCAAGGAGCUCGGCCUGACCGGGUUCAGCAUGCCAGGGAAGCCCGGGAUUGUUUGUGUGGAAGGAGCACAGUCGGCCUGCGAGGACUUCUGGUCCAGAGUCAAGGUUCUGACCUGGAAGCGGAUCGCGAUCCGACACAGAGAGGACGUGUCCCUGAGUGGCGAGGGUGGCGAGGGCGCCGUACCAAGCGUGGACUCCCUGCGCAAGUUCUCGGGCUUCCAGGAGGCCGCGUUUGACCCCCGCGGGCCCCGAGGCAACCACAUGGACCUGGGCCUGCUCUACCAGUUCUUGCAGGAGAGAGGCUGCUGCCACGUCUUCCAGAUGUACUUUGGCGUAGAAGGCAGGUAGAACGUUUCUCCGGACUUUAUGAAGCAACCCCAGUCCAGGGGCCUCCAAAGUGAAUGAUCCAAGCACGCGGCGGCCAUUUUGGUAUUUUUCAUUUUCAAAACCAAUACAAUAUACAGAUUUUUUUUUAACUUCAGGGCCUCCCUUUAUGUUUGGUCCCGGCGACCUGGAAGGGUCUCAGUCGUAAAAACAUAAAAAAUAAAAAAUACAUUUAUUCAACGCUUAAAUCUGUGGAUCAACGUCAGUUUUAUCUGUCAUUGUAAAGUUAUCUGUGGAAGUGGCUUCCUAGCAGCUCCACUGUAGACACGGCACAAGAGCCAAGCGUGCAGGUUUAACAAAGUUUUACAACAGAUUUGUCAAAGUCUUUUUCGGCAUGUCGUGACCUUUCCGUCACUCCCAAUCCUCUCUCUCGCUCCGCUCCCGACCGCUUACUGUUAGACAACAGAUGAUUAGAUUAACACGUACCACCUGUGAAAUCUAAUCACCUGCCAGCUGUGUCUCACCGUCAGCACAUGACCCACCCCUGCCCGCUGGCGCUCGUCGUCAGUACCAUGGACAGCGGCGGGGACUUUUCCUCCUGCAGGCAGCGCUGACUGCACCUGCCCCCACAUUAUCAUUUUUAAGUUAUGUGCCCUUUUUUGUCAAAUAAAACUGGCACAUUACUGGUACAAGCGCCGGGGAUGCCGUGCCGGCACAAAGAUGAAACAGGCAUGUGAUUUUUCCGUCUAAAGUCGGAAUUCCGUCUUUUUUAAGCUCUGGGGGGGAAAAAAAUUAUCUCCCGUUUUUCCGUUUUUUUUUCCGACCCUAAAUCAAGAUUCGAGACGUAGUUUAUAUCACGCCGUUGUUGAUUGGUCGAUAUGUUCCUUGUGACCAAUCAGGACAUCUGUUAUGAAUGAUGACGUUAAUAACGUCAUCAUUCAUAAUGGUUACUACGGCCAUUUUCCAUAUGUAAACAAUGUCGGUUCACGAGAAAAAGGACGCUUUACGAGUAAAAUAAAUUGAUAAACAUGUCAAAAAUAAGUUUCGAUGGGACUGGAGGGAAAGGGAAAUCACUGAUACUGUUGGGAAGAAGGAAGUUACGACUUUGUUCGGUGAUUUUAUUCGGAAAAUCGAUCGUCCCGGUGUUGUACCGAAAUCUGUUACCCAUCGGAAUUUGUAACUCCAGGGGGCGAUGUUCCCAUUGAUUGAUUGAUUGAGACUUUUAUUAGUAGGUUGCACAGUGAAGUACAUAUUCCGUACAAUUGACCACUAAAUGGUAACACCCCAAUAAGUUUUUCAACUUGUUUAAGUCGGGGUCCACUUAAAUUGAUUCAUGAUACAGAUAUAUACUAUCAUAUAUACUAUCAUCAUAAUACAGUCAUCACACAAGAUAAUCA